CGCAGAGGAGUCGCCGCGGGUCCGUGAGCCCGACGGCACCCGGGGACUUCGCAAGGGCUGGCGCUGCCUGCCUCCCCGCCCGCGGCUGCCUCCCCGCCCGCUGGCAGGUCGCGGAGGGUCUCAGGUGGCCCGCCAGGCGGCCAGAGGUGGGCUUGGCGCCCUUCUCCUCGACGCCCCCUUCGCCGUUGUCGUCUGAGCGCGGUGCCAAGGCCAGGAGAGAGGAAGCAAGCAACUUUGGAACUCCGAGCAUCCUGUGUCUUCUUAGACGUUCCCUUUGAAAUGAUGAGUGAGUUGGAGACACCUAUUACUUGUCACCUGGAAGUGGCCAGAGAUUUGGAGACUUAAAGCAAGAAGUUCAGCUGGCUAUUCUUGGUCUGCGUGGAACUGGUAAUAGACUCGUACUCUGAGCUUCCCAACUCUGAUCCUUCCUGGAGCCUCAAGAGGAUGAACUCUGGUCCUUCCAGCUGUGAAGCUAAGCAGUGACUCUUAGACUUUGCUUUCCUAGAGAACCAUUCAUACUGGGAGCGUGCCAUACGCCAGCACCAAAAUAGGGUCUCCUCGAGCCUCUCACUUUGAACAGCCGGACUCUGAUUGGUGGGCUGGAAACCCAAAGACAAGGAAGAUGUCUGAGUCACGGGUGAAGAGGCUGGCCACGACUCUGAUGGAUGCCACGACUGAUAAGGAUCCGCUGGUCCAUGAGCAAAUCUUCACGGCUCUCUGCUACCUGGGAGGGACAGAGCCAGAAGAGAUCUUGAAUGCCUGCGAGGAGUAUUUGCGGCAGCACGACAAGUUGGCUUAUCCGCACCGUAUAAUUAUCCUGAGGGCCAUGGAAGCGGUGGUGAGAAGCAGCCUUGCGCACCUUGACAAAAGCACAGCAAAGAUAGUCAUCUUCUUGGCAUCCAAUGAAAUGACCAGAUCAAAGGAAAUAAUCUUUGAGUGGCAGCAGGCGGCGAGCAAUGUCCUUGUUGCUGUCGGGAGGCGUUUCAUCAACAAGGUGAUGGAGGAGGUGCUGACCAAGUUCCAGCCGGGCAUCCUGCCUCACUACUUCAUCAUGCAGACCUUUGCCAACCUUUCUCUGGCGAACGUGUUUGGGAUGGUGCCUUUCCUCAACUCCAUCCUGGGGACCAUGCUACCCAUGCUGGCGAUGGCCAAGCAGGACAACAUGAAGUCUGUCUUCUGCUACGCUUUGCAGUACUUCAGUGAGAGCAUCCAGGAGUACAUGGCAAACCUGGACAAGGCACCAGAUCCGACCGUGAGGCGAGACACCUUCUCCAACGAUAUCUUCAGUGCCUACGAAGUGCUCUUCAACAGCUGGCUGCAGAGCCGGGAAGCCAAGGUGGGGCUGAGGCUGGCUGUUGUGGAGGCACUUGGUCCUAUGAGCCACCUGAUGCCCACUGAGAAGCUGGAGGAGCAGCUCCCUCGCCUCAUCCAGGGUAUCCUGGCUCUCUACAGGAAGCCAGCAGAGGCCUACUAUGUCUCCAAGAGUUUAUGCCAGAUCCUUGAAGCAGCAGUCAACGUAGGUAGCCGCACUUUGGACGCACAGCUGGACACCCUCCUCGGUGCCCUGCACCUCCAGAUAUGUGCCCCUCUUGAUUCAUCUCUGCCAGUCCAGCUGAAGAAUCACAACGAGGUCCUUCGGUGCUUCACUGUGCUUGCCUCUUCGUUCCCAGACCGUUUACUUGGCUUUCUCCUUCCAAAGCUGGAGAUGGGCAGUGAAAAGACACGGGUGGGAACCCUCACCAUCCUGCGGCAAAUCAUCAACAGUGCCUCCUCUCAGAUGGAGAUGAAGAAGCCCUUCAUCCUUUCUUCCAUGAAGCUGCCCCUGCAGGACAAGAGCAAUAAGGUGAAGCGGGCGGUGGUCCAAGUGAUCAGCGCAAUGGCCCACCAUGGAUACUUGGAACAGCCGGGUGGAGAAGCCAUGAUAGAGUUCCUGAUCUGCCAGUGCGCCCUUCCUGUUGACCGGUCUGCCCAUCUUGCAUGGAGACAUUCCCUGGAAACGGAGGACUUGACAGACGGCCACGUCCGGGACAUCAGCGUGAACACACUCUUCCUCAUCAGCACCACUGUCGACAGGAUGGCUGAUGUUCUCUGGCCUUACCUCCUGGAAUUUGUGAUCCCCAUACACUUGACUAAUGCCCUGGGCCCACUUUGCAAGAGCCUCAUCUUUCUGGCAGCCCAGAAGCAAGAGGAGCGGGAAGAGUCUGACUUGCAGCUCCUCUAUGAGGCUGGCGCAAAUCUCCCAUCUCCUUACACUCUAAUGGCAAGGUUGCUGGUCGUUGCUUCCCAGCCUUACGUAGGGGAAGGCCAUGGGGCAGCAGCCCUUCGCCUCCUGAACGUCCUGCACCUCAAUGUCCACAAGGCUCUGGGGCAGCUGUGGGGCAAGAAGAUUCCUGCUUUGGUGGAACAUCUGGAAGCAAACACGAAGGCUUCUUUGUCCCAGAAAGAAUGGGAGGAGCAGCUGCUUAAGUUCCUUCAGAAGACCCUGAAAAGCAUUUCAGACACCUCUUGGACUAGUCAGCUGAUUCUGGAGAUGUGCAAGCACUUGAGCUGCUACAAUGGCUCACUUCCGGAGAAGAACUUCCUCUACAAAUGCAUUGGGACCACCUUGGCUGCAUGCUCAAGCAAGGAUCUGGUGCGGAAACAACUCCAAGAGCUUCUGGAAACGGCGAGAUAUCAAGAGGAGGCAGAAAGGGAGGGCCUUGCCUCUUGCCUGGGGCUGUGUGCAGUGACCCAUCUGGAUGAAUCCCUUGCCAAGCUGGAGGAGUUUGUGAAGUCGGACGUCUUCAAAAAAUCUGCAGGGCUGUUCAGUCUAUUCAAGGAUCGCAGUGACAACGAGGUUGAGAAGGUGAAGAGCACCCUUAUCUUGUGCUAUGGCUACGUGGCCAAGCAUGCGCCGAAAGAGCUGGUGUUGGCCCGGAUUGAGGCAGACAUCCUCAGGAACAUCUUCCUCUACUUCAAUACAAAGGUUCUGGGAAUAAAGGUAGAAACCAAGGACCUGGUGCUGAAGAUGUGCCUCCUCCGGAGCAUCUGCAUGAUCUGCCAGGCCAUCUACAACAGUGCCCAGUCUGGUGACUUCACCUUCUCCCGCAAGGCUGAAUUGGUUUCACAGAUGAUGGAUUUUAUCAAGGCAGAACCUCUGGACUCCCUGCGGACUCCCAUCCGCCAGAAGGCAAUGGCUGCCUGCAUGCUCCUGGUCGUCCUGGAGCCGCCUCUGAACGAUGCAGAGAAGGCUGAGCUGGUGGAGACUUGCCUGGGCGCUGUCCUUUCCCUCCCGCUGCCAGAAGCCCUGAAGGAGAGAGACGGGCCGGGGCUGGAGGCUGGCUGCACAGAGCCUCUGUGGUGCGACACCCUUUGUGCCCUCAAGGACUUGCUGAAGAGCCUGCUGCACAGGCACAUGACUCCUCAUGGCCUGCAGACCAUGUUUGAGCAUCUGAGCCCUUGGAUUAAGUCCACCAAGGAACAUGAGCGGGAGCGAGCUGUGGACGUGAGUGCCGCCAUCUUGGCGUUCUAUCAGGAGAAGCUGAACGUCAGUACGGUGGUCCCUUUCUACAACGUGGGCCUGCUGAUAGCCCUCUUCUCCCCCCGCUGCACCGACUCCCUGGCCAGCAUACGCCAGCACGCUGUUGACUGUGUCUACGCCCUUCUCUACAUUCAGCUGUACUAUGAAGGCUUUUCUCGGGAUCAUAAAGACGAGUCUCUGGAGAGGCUGAAAGCCAUGAGGGCAGGCCUGAAGGACCCAGAUGUCAACGUUCUCUACCAGGUGUGCUGCAACAUUGCCAAGGUCACUGCCAAGCGCCUCCCCCCUGAUCAGCUGCUCAGCCUUCUUCUCUCGACAUUGGAGGGGCUGUCGGACCCUGACAAGAACUGUUCACGGGCAGCCACGGUGGUGGUCAACUCCCUGCUGAAGGAGCGUGGGGCUGUCCUGCUGGAGAAGGUGCCUGAGAUCCUGGAGGUGGUGCACUCCAGGCUGCGGGAGGUGACAGAGGAUUCUGUCCGGAAGGCUGCCCAGCAGACGGUCCUCAUUCUGGCCACCCAGCACAAGGCCGCCGUCGUCUGCAGCCUCCUGAGCAACCAGCUUCCCCUGGACAGCUGCAGCUGCCUUAUGUGGAGGGCGCUGGCCUCUGAGCUCACUCUGGCUUCCCAGGUCUUGGAGCUGCUUCUGGAUAAAGUCAACCGGGAUGUCCCAUACAAGGAGAACAAGUCCUUCUUGCGGGGAAGCAGCUCGGAGCGCGUGGCGACCUUCUUCCCCCUCUCGGCUACAUGUGCGCUGCAUGAGAUCAUGUCUGUGCCGGAGUCUGGGCCAGCCGUCGUAGGCCUCUAUGCCGAGCUGUUUGUGUCUCUCCUCCUUCGGGUCAGCUGCACGGUGGGUGUCCAGCUCCCGAAGAACAUGCAGUCCAAGGAGAGGAAGAGCGCUGGCCGUGGGCAGCCCCUCCGGACUCUGGACCCCUGCAGCUCUGCUGUGGAGACCCUCAAGGCCAUGCUGACCCAGGGGGGCAGCGAAGAGGUGGCCAAGGCUGUGGCCGCAGGCAAUGGCUGGGAAUGUCUGCGAAGCGUCGAGAGGCACCACGACGGCGUUGCCCUCCUGGCCAGCGCCAUGGCGAAGCAUGCUGGGCCCAAACUCGCCUUGAUUGUGAAGACCCUUUCCCCGAUGCUGAACAGCAUCUACGACAGCCAGCGGCUGACUGCCACGGCCUUCUUUGCAGAGCUGCUGAACAGCAAGGUGGUCCAUGACCUGGUCCUCCUGGAGUCCGUGAUGGACAGCAUGACGGCCCGGCAGCGUGACCCCUGCACCCCCGUGCGCAUGCUGGCACUUCGUGGCUUGGGCAACAUGGCCUCAGGCUCACCGGAGAAGGUGAGGCGGCAUGGGGCUCAGCUCCUGGCUUCCAUGAUGAACGGCAUGGAUGACAAGGACGACCCCCACAGCCUGGUCGCCCUGGAGGCCAUGUCUAGCCUGUCCAAGAUCCUGGCCUUCACAGAGGAGAGGGACGUGCACUCCAUGCUGCUCCACAUUGCCAUCCGCAUACGGCCUUUCUUCGACAGCGAGAAACGGGAGCUCCGCCAGUGCUCCAUCAUUCUCUUUGGGCACUUGACCAAGUUCAGUGCUGGGAGUUGCGAGGAUGCUUUCUUUGAGCAGAUCCUGAACGGGCUGGUGACAUUGCUGCUUCACUUGCAGGACCCAAAGCCAGAGGUCAUCAAGGCCUGUAAGUUUGCUCUGCGCCGGUGUGGCCCCAGCAUGGGCUGCCCCGUCCUUUGUGACAUGUUCCAAAACCACCUUCAUGAGGACCGGAGCCUCCAUUAUGGCGAGUUCAUGAAUGAUGUCUGCAAACACCUGAUGCAGAAUUACCCCGAUAGCCUGAGUCGUUUGGUUGCCACCAACCUCUUCUAUUUCAAGAGCAGCUGGCCGGAGAUCCGUGCUGCCGCCCCCAUGUUUGUAGGCUUCCUUGUUCUUCACGUCAGCCGAGCGCACAGCCAGCAGCUGGACCUGGACGAGCUCAUCGCUGCUCUGACUGUGCUGCUGAAGGACCCUGUGACGGCCGUGCGGGUGAAGGUGGCAGAGACCCUGGGCCGCCUUGUCAGGAUUGCUUGAGGGCCUUCACCCCCCUGGCAGGACUUGUGAAGUGGUGGACUUAGGGGGACCCUCCUCCAUGCACUUCAAACCUGCCUUGUCAGGGUGCAUCUUUUGGGCACGGCACAUCUUCUUCGUCUUCCAGAGCAACGGGACCCUCAAGUGCACAUUGAGCGCUGCAUCCCCAUCUUGAAGAGAAGGCCCGUGAGCUGAGGAGCCUUCUCAAGUCACGGCACCCAUUUCCACAGUGUGUAGUUGUGUGUCUUAAGUGCAUUCCUCCCUCCAGGUACACGCCAGAGCCACUCUGCAGGAGCUGGCUGGUCCAGGCACCAGAGCAUAGACCGCUCUUCAGUGCUGCCACUUUCACAACCCCCCCCUUGUUUCCUUCCACUUGCCCUCCCCUGUCUCCUUCCUUCAGCUGUGGACUGUCUGCUCUUCACAACACUGUACUAGGGCUUCUGGCAGAAGCUGGUGGGGGGCAGAGGGCCCUCCUCCCGUCGUGCACACAGACAUUGGCAAGGCUCGUCAUUGCUGGCCACCUCUUCAAGAAGCAGUGGCCCUCCUGCCACUCUUUGGAAGGGGCAGGAGCCACACACACACACACCCCCAAGUGUCCACGAGUUCAUCCAUUGUUCCUCCUGGUAGAAUUUGUACAUACAACCAGACAACCUAUUUUUAAUAAAGUAUUUGCUUCUCAGAAA